AUGUGGAGACUGUUUGCCAUAGCUGUGGCAUUGCUUGUGACGCUAUUGCCUCUGUGGCCCUCCCAGCGUCACUUUGCCCUCCUGAGCUGCAAGCAAAAUGAUUGCUUCGGACAUGGUGAGAAGCACCCUGAACACAGAGGCACCAACAGUUUCUUGCCUGUUGCGGUGCCUUCGGACUCAAGCCAGCAGCAGAUCAUCACCAACUCAAUUGUUGCUUUCGGCAUGCCGAAAACGACAACCGGCUCUAUCCGGACCAGCACGACUUCUCCCGACAGCCGGAAGACGACAACGGGCUCUAUCCGGACCAGCACGACUUCUCCCGACAGCCCGCAGACGACAACGGGCUCUAUCCGGACCAGCACGACUUCUCCCGACAGCCCGAAGACGACAACGGGCUCUAUCCGGACCAGCACGACUUCUCCCGACAGCCCGCAGACGACAACGGGCUCUAUCCGGACCAGCACGACUUCUCCCGACAGCCCGAAGACGACAACGGGCUCUAUCCGGACCAGCACGACUUCUCCCGACAGCCCGAAGACGACAACGGGCUCUAUCCGGACCAGCACGACUUCUCCCGACAGCCCGCAGACGACAACGGGCUCUAUCCGGACCAGCACGACUUCUCCCGACAGCCCGCAACAGGAAGAUGCCCGAACUUGCAAGCAUGAUCUAUCAGGCAGGUUGUACCGCAAGGCUCGGAAUUUCCAGGAUGACUAUGUGGCCACUGCAGGACUGAUGUUGGUGGAUGCUUUUGUGCAUCCUUCAAAGCACUUCGCAUACGUCUUGUUCAGUCGCCAGAGGGGCGACGCGAAUGGUCCAGGUUUUGUGACAGGUCAGGAGCAGCUCCGCUUCGCCCGGCACGUGUCAUUUAACUGCUAUUGGGUCUCACCUGAGAACCCCUCGCAGCUGCUGCACAUGGCAUCAGAUUCGAGCUGGCAAAACAGGACCUACAAGGGUCAAAAAGAUGACCUCUACCAGUUAAUCACGGCGAAGUGCGAUGCUGGUAACGUUGCCGCUGGUAUGCUUCAGGAACCUCUGCUGAUGAACAUCACGGCCACAGCUGAGGGCAAGAUUCUGGCACGUUGGGAGAAUGUUAUGGUAUGUCACGAGCCCCUUUCCCCGACCCCUGUCCGCUCGAUCGUCUGCACCGCGGCCCUGCGGGAAGGGAGGAAUCCGCACUCUGGAGCCGUGUACGAACCGAAGAGCAUGGACCCGUACAUCAAGAAUUGGGUGGAAUAUAGCCUUGGAAUCGGCUUCGACAUGGUCUUGAUGUAUUUCGAGGACCAAGACCUAUCCCCGAUGGAGGACAUGCUUCGGCCCUAUAUCGACUCCCACAAGGUGGUACUGGUCAGGUCCUAUUUCCACGGCAUCACUGGUCAUGGUUGGAGCCCAUUGCUGUAUUUGCAGGAGAAUCACUGCCUUUGGAGAUCCAAGGGAUUGGCAAGAUACGUCGCACACAAUGAUGUCGAUGAGUGGGUGGACUUAAACGCAAACUUCUCCAGUAUCAACGACUACAUGCAUGAAAGACUGGGAAACAGCAACUAUGCUGCAGUAUCCAUCCCGGAACGUCGCUGGAAAGUUCCGGGUCUUCACGGCUCAAGAGGCGGAUACGACUUCGACAUAUACCCGUGCGAUGAGAUCUGUAUGACUGGCCCUAGUGACAGAAACAAGUUGCUGAUGCACACGGAGCGCGUGAACGAGUACAACGUGCAUUGGAUCCGGGUACCACCGCAGGAUUCUUCGAGUACCUUAACACCACCACCCAGCGAGAUUCGAUUGGUGCAUUUUCGGUUGGUCCACCUUCUCAAACCCGAAAAUAUACUGGUUUGCCCGGAGGGCUUCGUGGGCCCUCAAUUCAACUCCAGUUUUGCCACAUUCGUGAAGGAGAGGUGCCCAAGCAUCUUACCGCAACUGCCCAACUACACCGAGCUACCACCGUUUUGGCGCCGCCGGCGAGCACCGCGGCCGGUGGUCGAGAAUGCCAUGGAGCAGAUCUCCAGCGUCAUGGCCCAACUCCAGGGCCUCAAGAAUCAGCUGAAGGGCCUGCAGGAUCCGAAUCCGAAGAUCCUUCAAGCACCAGGCGGCGAAUGCCUAGAAGUUCCAAGUUCCCAAGCAGGACCUGAGUCACUGCCACCCGGGCUUCCGCAGGCACAGGCAGCCAGGACUGUUCAAGCAGGAAACGAGUCGCAUCUCGCAGUUCCGAAGACGCCACCCGAGGGCGCCCCGCAAGAUCCGCCUCCGCUCCCGAGCCCGCAGAAGAAGGCGGCGCCCCUGGGAGCCAAACCGCUCUGGCUGCAGCAGCAACAGCCGGGGACCACCGUUCCUGCAGCCCCACUACAGCAGCACGCGGCCCCGGAUUUGGCAGGAGGCGCUCCCCCACCGCCGCCGGCCGAUGCGUCGCCCAAAAGAAAGGCGCCACCCUUAGGAAUCGAUGCCACCACCGUGGCGCCUUGCACGGCCCCUGCCCCUGCGCCUGCGCCCAUCGCCCGCAAGGCGCCCCCCGGAGCUGCGCCCCCCGGAGCUGAGAGCCUCUACAAGGCACCGCCGUCGAUGCACAAGGCGCCUCCAAGUGGCGCAAGUGAGUGGCCGCCCAGGGAAUCGUCAAGGCCUCCUGCGCCGCCCUUGCCUACACAGGACGUUCCGCCGACCUCGAAGCCCUCGCCGCCCCAGUUCAAGGCCCCGCCUUCGCAAUCGAUGGCACAACCGCCACCCGCUUUGACGUCUGCGCAGACGAGCAGCCCCCAGGCCAAGCCGGUGCCCAAGAAGGCGCCGCCCGUCUACACUCCAGCUCCCGUGAUACCGAAGCCUCCACCAAACGAUCAGAUUCCUUCGAAGGCGCCGCCCGCCAGCGCCAGGCUCAGGGAGCCUGGGGCUGGGCCGCCGCAGGCCCCGGCUCCGUGCAAGACGAAGGCACCGCCGGCGGCUGUGCAGCAAGGACCCAGAGCCGUUGCGGGAGACUACUACCUUCUCGCGAGUCGCGUGCAGCAGGAGGUCGUUGAAGUCGACUCUUCCUGA